UCUCUCUCUCUCUCUCUAUUCGGUCUCUUCUAUGUGUCUCUGUCUUCUUGUCUCCCUCUGUGAUUUGGGUUCAGGUGAGUGUUUGUCGCCUCUAAAUCUGCAGAGGCAGAAUGGUAUCUGCAGAGGCAGCUCUUUGGCCCCUAAAUCUCGCAAGGGCUUUCCGUCUCCCAUCUCUCUGACAAAGAAAAACGAGUUGGUUGUGCAGACCCCCUUCGAUCCUGAUUUUAAUGCAACAUGUUUAGAUUUUCUGAUCAACUGCAGUGCCAACGAAAUUUUCUGGUCCAGUGAAAUAGUAGAAUCUGUGAGAGAAGAAUCAUUUGAGUUUUGUGACAAAGAUAAAGAUAGUGAAGAAAGGGAUAGAGUCGAAAUGCUCUUGUGGAGGCUAAUCGGGUAAACUUUCUUUAGGUGUUUGGAUAAUAAUCCAUUGUUUGUCUUUUCUUUUUCUCUAGGACUUCUGUUCUUCUCAAGAACAUGUCUUCUUACAUUUUCUUUCGACAGUCUUGAGAAGGAAAAGAAAAUAAAGUCCUCUUCUUUGCCUCAAUUGAGUAGAUGUGAAGUUGGUUUGAAAUUUAUAAAGGAUUUGUUUUUCAAUUUGGUUGGUGAAAUGUGAAUUUUCACUACAGAGAACUCUUUCUCCUUGGGUUUUAAGCGAAACCGAUAAGAAGUAGAUUGGAUUUCAAUAUAUGUGUAUAUAUACACAUACACAUAUUCUGAAAACGAUACUUG